AUGUCAUUCCACCAGCACCGGAGCCCCACUCCUGCCAGGGACAGGUUUCUGCUCCCGGCUGCUACCUCCCCUCCAGCGCUGAGGCCGAAAGGCGCCAGGUCAGCCCCGCCGCCGUCCCGUCCUGGCGCCAGCGGCUACCGACAGGGUGACGUCCGGCCGGCGCCGCAGCUCCACCGCAGCCCGGUGACACCACGCAAACCUCCGCCUGCUAAAGCCAAGCUACCGGCAUCCACGCGCCCGCUGCCCGCGGGGACGACGUGUGGGGGGACCGCGUGGAGAGGAGAGGAGUACUGCGGCACCAGCAGGGGCGAGAAAGCGUGUAGUGAUCCGGUUAACAGUGAAGAUGAAAAGAUGAUUUUGUACAAAAAAUACCUAAAAUUGGAGUCCUCCACCCAUGCUUGUAAAAUAAAGUUGCUCUCCUUUGGUGAAAAGCAGUGCGUGUUCAUCAGUAAAGUUGUGGUGCACCUGAGGCGGGUUUCAGCCAGUUCUUCAGCGAGCUCUCCUGCUCUGGGAUCAAGGAUAGACCUCCAGAGGGUUCAGACACUCAUGGAGUCCAUGGGGUCAAAGUUGUCGCCCGGGGCUCAGCAGCUGAUGGAUAUGGUCAGAUCUCAGCAGCAGACUGACCUCAACCGUGCAGUUUCUUCUCUGCUACCCAAGAAAGCAAGUGACGGCUGCGAUCUACCUAACUCUGAGUUGCUGCCUUUUCUGCAGAGUUUAUGUAGUCGAGUUAGCCGUCUCCGCGUGGCACGUAGCACUAACUGGCAGGAAGACAUCGCGAAGGCUGGCGGAGGCGUCCCCGGUGCUGCAAUGGAAGAGCAGCCUGUGUGCUCCUACUUGGAAAAGAUUCUCACUAAAAAUAUGGAACUGAUGGAAAGGAGGCUUGUGGACUACAUCGAUCAGCGGCUCCGGGGCCUGCAGGAGCACAUAGACGCCCAGAUCGCGUCGUUAGCGGGCGUGCUGCAGAGCCCCUUCUCCCCGGCCGCCGGGACGGCGCUCGGGCACGGGGACGCUGGAGAGGGACUGUCAAACGGAGAAAGAUAGGUGCUCAACGCGUACGACGUGCUGCGGAUAUUGAUUGCAAAAUAUUUAUUACAAAGCCCAGACCCCACAAGUUCAAAGCAAGUACUCACUGGCAUUUGAGGAUCGUCCUCCAUAGAGUGACCUCAGCGUUCCUUUUAACUGUAGCAGUUCCCGUAAACCCGGUCCUGGGCGCCGAGCUGUAACGGGAUGGGGUGAUAGAUUAUUUUUGUUUACAUUGUUCACUGUGACAGAAAUGUGUGUGUAUUUCUGGCUUAAGUGUUUAAAAACGUUAAAGAUUUUUAAUGCAAUCCUUGAGUCUGUGUCGUAUAAUGUUUUUGAUAGAAGUACUUUUUUUAUUUAUAAUAGGGCUUAUUUUAUGGUCUUGGAGUAUGAAAAAUAAGUCAGUAUUUGAAAAUUUUCCUUUUUCUAAUUGGUUUUUCAUGGAAAAUUAGAUACGUAAGACUUAAAGGCCUUUCAUUCAGAUCCCUAAUGGACAUCUGGAGUUGGCUACGCUCAGAUAACGGCUGAGAUGCAGUGUUUGGUGUGUGUGCGUGUACACGGGGCCGUUCCAUCCGGUCCGGUGCAGCAACGCCAUGCGUAGGGAGUAAACGUCAGGACUGGCCUGUUCCUUGCUGGGAUUAUUACUUUAGAUCAAUAAAGUGAGAGAAUUCAUCCUGUGGCAUCUCAGCAAACCCAGAAAGCGUCCGGAACCGUCCUUUCCUGAGCCGCCGCAGGCUCCUGCCCGAGGCCUUCUCUCGAGGGUUUCCAGCGGGUCUGCCGCGGAGGGAGAAGGCGUGCGAACCACGGAGACUGCGGCUGUCUGGCAGACGUAGUUUUCUGAAAUGGUAACUACCGUGUGUGUAUGUGUGUGUGUUAAAGAGUGAUCUGUUUGGUCUUAAAAAUAAAUGUUAUCUACUUUGGAAACUA